AUGGCUAUCACGCGAUACAACCAGUACCCAGAUAUUUUUCUCACCAUGACUGCAAAUCCCAAUUGGCCAGAAAUUACUUCAGUAUUAUUACCACACCAAAAAGCUAUUGAUCGUCCGGAUUUGAUUGCCCGUGUUUUUGAGCUAAAAAGAAAGUGUUUGAUGAAGGAGAUAGAGACAAACAAAGUGUUCGGUAAUAAAGUUGCACGUGUUUUUACAAUUGAAUUCCAAAAACGAGGCCUACCACAUAUGCAUGCGCUUCUCUUUCUUAAAGGUCCAGACAAAAUUCGAACAUGUUCUCAAGUAGACAAAUUGGUUUGUGCAAAAUUUCCAGAUCCAAAAGAUGAUCCUACACUUUUUGAAACUGUCAAGUGUUGCAUGGUACAUGGAUCAUGUGGUGCUCGAAAUCCCCAAGCACCAUGUAUGGAAAAUGGUAGAUGUACUAAGAAAUACCCUCGAGCCUUUGUAGAAUCAACAACUAUGGACCAAGAUAGAUAUCCAAUCUAUCGUCAUCGCAAUAGUGGUCAAGUAUAUACUGUGAGAGGACAAGAAGUUGAUAAUAGGGAUGUGGUACCAUACAAUGCAUAUCUUUCUAAACGGUUCAACUGUCAUAUAAAUGUAGAAGUUUGUACUGGAGUGAGAUGUGUUAAGUAUAUACAUAAGUAUAUUUACAAGCGUUAUGAUCGCACAACAAUGGUUUUGGGAUUGAUUAAUGAGAUCCAACAAUAUCUUGAUACGAGGUACAUUGGACCACCAAAAGCUGCUUGGCGAAUAUUCGGUCAUCAUUUCCAUGUAGAGAUGCCAACAGUUGUUCGCUUGGCACUUCAUCUACCUGGAAUGCAUCGUGUUCUUUUCAAUCCUAAUGACUCAUUGGAAAUGAUUCUUUCUAGAGCUGCGCAACAAAAAUCGACUCUUAUUGGUUUUUUUGAUUAUUGUGCUUCCAAUGAAAAUGAAUGCCAAUUCACUUACCAAGAAUUUCCGCAACAUUUUGUUUGGCUCAAGUCAGAACAUAGAUGGAAACCAAGAGAACAUGGAUAUGCAAUUGGUAGAAUGUACUUUGCUAGCCCUAACUGUGGUAAAAGAUUUUAUCUGCGUUUGUUGUUAACUGUUGUCAAAGGGCCAAGAUCGUUUCAAUGUUUACGUACAGUUAACAAUGUUUUGCAUGAAACAUUUAAAUCAGCAUGUGUUGCAAGAGGACUCUUAGAAGAUGAUGAAGAACGGAUACAGUGCCUGAAAGAGGCUGCAGUUAUGAAAACCGGAUAUCAAUUAAGGAGAUUGUUUUGUAUUAUUAUGACCCAAUGUUUUCCACUACAACCACAUGUGUUAUGGAAUCAAUUUUUAAUGCAUAUCUGUGAUGAUCUUGCACAUAAGCUUCGUACAUUGUUUGUCAUUUCUAACCCAACUGAGGCACAAAUUGAAGAUUAUGGUUUGUAUCUUUUGAAUCAAAUGCUUCAAGAAUCAGGAAAUAGUUUAAUUGACUUCCCACCCAUGCCACAACCUACAGCAAAUUGGAGUGCAACAGUUGGUAACCGAUUGAUAUUUGAACAUCAACAACUACAUAAUAAGGCACAACAGACAGAUGUGCAAAUUACUAUUGAUCGCCUCAAUAAUGGACAACGAACUGCUUAUAACGCAAUCACUUCUUCAGUCUUUGAAAGUAAAGGGACUAUUUUCUUUUUGAAUAGCAGUGCCAGAACGAGGAAAACAUUUUUGUACAAUACGAUUGCAUUAAAAUGUCGCAGCCUUGGCCAUAUUGUUGUUACCGUGGCUUCAUCUGGAAUUGCAUCAUUGCUAUUAGUAGGAGGUUGCACUGCACAUUCAACAUUUUCCAUUCCAUUGGAUAUCUUGGAAAAUUCAGUUUGUGGGUUUAGCAAGCAAUCAUUACAGGCUGAAUUGUUUCGAGAAACAAAACUCAUAAUUUGGGAUGAAAUUCCUAUGCAACAUUGA